CCAUAAGUGACUUCUAUUCUCUUCUCUAAUUUUAGGGCAAAAUUUUCGUCCCACCCGCCAUAACUGUAACCUUUCAGCUUUAUCUCUCUAAUAAUGGUGAGAACUAUAAAACCUCCUCACCACCAGAAUCACGAAGAGGAAUAUGAGGAUGCCGAAGAUGUUGCUGCUGGUACUGACACUUCUUCUCACCGAGAAGGAAAAAGUGCGGAGCAAAAACCUAAUAAUUAUAGGUCCAAACAUUCUGAGACUGAGCAGCGUCGAAGAAGUAAAAUCAAUGAAAGGUUUCAGAUAUUGAGAGAUCUAAUACCCCCGAAUGAUCAGAAGAGGGAUAAGGCUUCGCUGUUGCUAGAGGUGCAUUUUUCUUUCACUUGCUUCUGUUACUUACUUACUACCGUAGAGGUUAUUGAGUACAUUCAAUAUCUACAAGAGAAAGUACAAGUGUAUGAAGGGUCCUAUCAGCAAGUAUGGUCUCAUGAGCCAACUAAAUUGACACCGUGGAGAGCUAAUCAUGGACUAGUGGACAACUUUGUUAAUCAUUCACAGGCCAUGAAAAAUGGCUUUUUGGAUGAGAAUACUGCAGUUCAACCCAUGCCAAGCAUGCAAGGCUCAGUGGAAUCAGAGCUCAGUGGGGAAUUUCCUUACCGAGCAGAUCAUGCUGUCAGGCCAGUGAACCCUGUUAUACCCUUGAGCAUUUCUUUGCCGUCAAGUGCAUACCCUCCUGGAAGAGGAAUUCAACUAAUCGAGAAUCUUGCUUUUCAACCUCAUGGAUCAGUUGAUGGUGCUAUUAUAGGAACUGAAGACAGGCCACUUAAACGGGGUUCAAGUAGUGUCUCUGAUGUUUAUUCUCAAGAACUACUUAAGAGACUUACCCAGUCACUGCAGACUUCUGGGGUGGAUGUAUCACAUGCCAAUAUCUCGGUUCAACUUGAUGUUGGCAAGCAAGUACAUAGUGGCUCGAAUGCUAUUGCACCAUCUGUAGGCGUAUGCUCUCAGGAUGUUGACAAUCAGACUCCAAAUAAUCAGCCCAUAUCUCACGCUGUUGAGGUUAGUGCUAAGGAGUCUAUUCAGGCUGCCAAGCGACUCAAAACCGGAGAAAGCUAGUUACUUAUUAGUCAUUUAGCUUCGUUUACGACAUGUGAUUAUUUAUGGGGUUUCGGCUCUUCUUUCUUGUGUUCAUUUGCCCUCUUUAGGCCAAGGGCAAAGAAGAACCAGGUUGAGUUAGUAGAUCAAGAGUUUUUUGGUGUCUAUUUAACCUCAUCGAUCUCGACCACCUGAUUGUAGAUUCUGUUGUACAUGUUUUUUGUGGUAGUGGGUUGUGUUAAUGAUGCUAAUUAAUGGUACUUCUAUAUGCUUGUAAGUUGUAAAUCUUUCAUUUCCAUUGUUUCAUGUUUUAGCUUGGCAGUUGCCAGCGCUUCCUGUAA